CUUGUUUGUGCUGCGUGAGGGAAGUUGUCAGGCAGCCUUGGCGGGUUGGGGAGGAGUGACUGGGGAGGAUUCUUGAGGAGAAACGGAUCCUUUCCUUGAGCUCCUGAAAGCCGCUGAGGCUGCCCCAGUUGCACAGAGGAGGCCUCUUUAUACUGAGAAACAAUGGAAGAAGGAGGAAGUCAGAUGCAACCAUGCAAUGAAAGCCAGAUAUCAAAUUCUGAAGGUGGAUGCACGUGGCAAGUUACAGACAUGACUAGACUGCGCCGUUUCUUGUGUUUUGGUUCUGAAGGAGGUGCUUUCUAUGUCAAGGAACAAAAACUGAGCUAUGAAAGCGUAGAUGCUCUUCUGAGGCUUAUUGAAGAUGGCAAAGGUUAUGAAGCAGUACAAGAAAUAAAGACGUUCAGCCAGGAAGGUAGAGCAGCAAAACAGGAACCAGUAUUAUUUGCGCUUGCCAUUUGUUCCCAGUGUUCUGAUGCAAAAACCAAACAAGCAGCUUAUACGGCUGUCCCUGAAAUUUGUCACAUACCAACUCAUCUCUUCACUUUCAUCCAGUUUAAAAAGGAUCUGAAGGAGGGCAUGAAAUGUGGCAUGUGGGGCCGUGCCCUGAGAAAAGCUGUUGCAGUUUGGUACAAUGGAAAGAAUGACAUGGCUAUUGCUUUAGCAGUGACAGCAUACAAGAAGAAAAAUGGCUGGUGUCAUAAAGAUCUUCUCAGGUUAUCACAUCUAAAGCCUGCAAAUGAAGGCCUGGCCAUUGUCAUUAAGUAUGUAAUGAAGGGAUGGAAAGAGGUCCAAGAGGCAUAUAAAGAGAGCAGGCUUUCUGCUGAGGCUGAAAAAGUGUUGAAGUAUUUGGAAGCAGUGGAAAGGGUAAAGCAUACAACGGAUGAACUGGAAGUGAUUCAUUUGAUAGAAGAGUAUAGUUUAGUUAGAGAGCACCUCCUGACAAGUCAUUUGAAAUCUAAAGAGGUAUGGAAAGCACUGCUACAGAACAUGCCCUUAACAGCAAUAUUGAAGAACCUGGGAAAAAUGACAGCAAAUUCUGUUCUUGAACCAGGAGGCCCAGAAGUAGCAAUGGUUUGUGAAAGGCUAAAAAACGAAAAGCUUCUUAAAAAGGCUCGAAUACACCCAUUCCAUAUUUUGGUUGCGCUAGAAAAUUAUAAAGGAGAACGUGGUUAUCGGGGAAAAAUACGCUGGCAACCAGACAAGGACAUCUUGGAAGCUCUAAAUGCUUCAUUUUACAAGUCCUUCAAGACAGUAGAACCAAUGGAAAAGCGUUUCUUGCUUGCAGUUGAUGUUAGCGAUUCUAUGUUGCAAAAGGUUUUUGGUAGUGUGCUGAGUGCUAGUACAGUUGCUGCAGCAAUGUGCAUGGCUGUUGCACGCACUGAAAAAGAUUCCCACAUUGUUGCUUUUUCCCAUGAAGUAGUUCCUUGUCCUGUUACUGAGGAUAUGACUUUACCACAAGUAUUACAGAAAAUGUCUGAGAUUCCAAGGGGUGCCACCAAUUGUUCUUCUCCCGUGCUGUGGGCCCAAAAGACAGGUGUAGCAGUUGAUGUUUUUAUUAUCUUCGUGGAUAGCGAGACUUUUGCUGGAGAUGUUCACCCUGCCACAGCUUUGAGGCAGUAUAGAGAGAGAAUGGGUAUUCCAUCCAAGUUAAUAGUUUGUGGAAUGACAUCCAGUGGCUUUACUGUUGCAGACCCAGAUGACAGAGGGAUGCUGGAUAUUUGCGGUUUUGAUACAGGAACACCCAUUGUCAUUCAAAACUUCAUUUUGGAUUUGAUCUAAACCUAUGAGCACCCAUUUUUCUAAAGCUAUUAACUUCCUGAAGAUUUGACUGGGAUCUAUCAAUUGAAUUAAUGAACUUCACUAAUUCAAGGCUAAGUUUCAUACCCCAGUUGGAAUGUUGAACAUUUUUAAAGGGAUGUAAAAUCAGGCAGUGGCAAACUCUACUUUCUGAAUAUAUUGUUUACAUCUGUUGUGCAAAAUUCUAAAAGGCUUCCUAUUGCUUUUUAAAAUUAAAUAUGGAAUAUAGUGAAUGCUUUUAAUUUUUUAUAUUAGUUUAACUAUGACAAGGUAUUCCAUCACUGUAAACUUAAUUUUCCUAGAAUGAAUUGUAUUAGUCACAGGGAGUCAAAGGAUGAGACAGGACUUCAUCUUUUUACACUGUUUUCGGUUAACAACUGUUUGAUUAAAUAACUUACUGUACUGCCUAGGAAAAAUGAGCCACAUGUGCACUACAGGUUAUAUUACUUCUAUCAUUGCUCAUUAGUUCCUAUUACUUUACAGCACAAUUACCUCUGGCAACUUGAUGCUCUCCUUGUUUUAGCAGAGAUUUUGUAUUGAGAAAUGUUAGGAUAUUUGGGAACAACCAGAUUCUUUCCAUGGAUAUUGACUUCAUGGUUAUAUUUAGCCUUUUAAAUUUUUGUUUCAAAACAAGUCUUGCAAAAAUCAGCAAUUUUGUCUACAUUGUGGUCUCAGUGUUUCUCAAACUUGGCAGCUUUAAGAUGUGUGGACUUCAACUCCCAGAAUUCCCCAACCAGCAUGGCUGGCUCAGGAAUUCUGGGAGUUGAAGUCCACACAUCUUAAAGUUGCCAAGUUUGAGAAACACUGGUCAAACUGGUUUGUGUUUUAUUUCCUGACAAUGGAGAGUAGAAGGCUUCAUCAAGCAAGUCUAAGGCUAUUUUCAGAUAUUCUUUACAGAGAAUGUGAUUUAUCAUAUCUCCUGAAGCAAGAGGACAAAAAGGCAAAAAGAAGCAAGAAUAGGGGCUAUUAAUAAAACUAGCCCUACUCAUAUGUUACUUGUACACAGCAUAGUUACACAGUAAAACAGAAGUAGGGACACGUUUCUAGCCCUGCCUUGACAUAAGAUGGCUGAUCUGCCUUUAUUGACAUUUGCAGAGUAGUUUUUUUGUGUCAGCAUGUCUACCUGAACGUAGAGUCUCUGAGAUCAAGACAGCCGAUUACAUGCUGUUUUAAUUUAUGUAGACUCUGUACAUGAACAGCUGGUCAAACACAGAGAUUCCUUGCCCAAAUUCUGUGCUCAGUGAAUGGAUGUUAGAAGCAGGGCCAUAAAAUACUUUUGUUCCUCCUUUACCACCAGGCUGGUUUGCAUAGGGGUUACAUGUUCCUAGGGCAGGUAAUAUAGUAGCACUCAAUCUAUCUUGAUUCCCUUGUGUCCUAAUGCAGUUUAUACUAAGGACCAUCACUACCAGCAGUGAUGGCAAAUCAAGAUUUAAGACCAGCUGCAAAAUUGUUGCUCUUCCCACACUGCCAUUGGCAAAGAGAUAACCUAUUGCUGAACUAACAUUCUUGGCAUUCUAGUCGGGGCUGCUGGGAGUUGUGGCAUUCCAGAUGUUGCUGAACUGCAAAUUGCUUAUCUUUGCCCUAGAAAAUAAGUGCAUGUAAACAACACAUUAUCUUUUAAUCAAAGGAAAAAAAGUUAUAAAGUAGUAAAUUGAUGGAUUGAGCAGAAAAGAGGCAGCUUAUAUAGAAGACUGCUUCAUGACUGUUGUUGUUCUUCCUUCUCUUCCUAUCCUACAGGCCUGUAAACCAAACCUCCUAUUCAGGAAGCCUUUCUGAAUUUUGGCUAUCUGUGUCAUAUGAGACAAUAGUGUGAAGGGGAAUUUCCUGUUUACAAGUGGAGGGUUCUUAACCCAAUGCAUAAACUUCCUGCUUGGUACAAAAUCACUCUGCCUGCUUUGGGCAGUUUGUCUUUGCUGCAGCCCUAUAUGACAUACGGCAUAGCAGAAAGAUCAGGAGAACUUUUAUUGUAGGGAGAGUGUUUACUGUACUGCAGGGUUGGCAGAAUUGAUGAAGAGGAAAACUUUCAGUUGUUUGGGCUAGCCAAGUUACAGAUUGCUUAACAGCUGCACUUGCUUUUUCGUUCAGCAUGUGGUGCUUGCGGACAAAUUUGUUAGGGUUAAUGGGGUAUUGUGACAAAUGAACAUACCCUUUGCCUUUGAAAAACACCUGUUAAUAGACUUGGCAAAUCGAGAAAAAACAAAUGGUAGUGCUGAAUGGGGAACCUGUGUCCCCUCCCUAUAUUGUUAAAGUGCACUUCCCAGAUUCCCUCACCAUUAGCCAAGGAAUAAUAAUUUAGUAACAUCUGGAGGGAACUAUUUCUCCACCUUCAGCUAAUGCAUGUAUAGUGCACGUUUGUAGUAGCAUACAUUCUGUAACCAAAUGCUCUUAAUGAAUUCAACUUGAUAAUCUUAUAAACUAGUUGGUAAUCAAGAUUGUGAUGACUGUCUACUUCUUACCCAAAGAUUCUCAUUGUAUACUUACUAUAGCUGUUCACAUUAUUUUCAUAAUUCCAGACAUAUUGCUUGCCAAUUUUUUUUUUAAGAUAAAAAAAGGCUAGAGAAAUUGUUUUGUUCAGUUUUCCCCAACCUGGAUGGGAGAUGAUAGAAAUUGUGGUACAGCACAUCAGGAGAAGAGGGGAAAGUUCCUAAAAUCCAGUUAGUAAUGCUGAUAGAAUAACCCAGAUUAUCUAUACUUUUGCACUGCAGGUUAUGUAUAUUAGAAUCUGAUACUAAUUAAAAAGUGAUAAUACAGGUUUGUGAUAUUUGUUUGAUUGGAAGACUUGUUGGUUAAACUUCCCCCAACUAUUUCAGCUCUCCUGUCUGCAGCAAAUUUGCACUGGAGAAUUGGGGGCUUUUUGGAGCAGAUAUGGAAUGGAUAGGUAUAUAGAGAAGGGAUAUUUUUUAAAAAAAAUGGAAGUCCUUUCAUGCAGUUGGAAGUAAUUUGGUAGAAGCAGCAUGCCUGCUUUAUGUAGCUACAAUUUUAGAAAAGUCCUAGAAUAAUGUCAGAAUAAUGAUCAAAUUCUGGCAUAGUUAGAGAGGAAGAGGUUGCUUUGGAAAUGCUGAUCUGUAGUUACUCUUCUGCUCUUUACAGAAGUAGCAGUUGAUCAACAGCUGCUGUAUUAAAAUCAUGUAUUUGGAAGAAUUUGUGGCUGUGUUGAUCUUUCUGUAAAUUAUCUUUAUUAAAGAAUAUUUAAAUAUCUAAAAAAAGAUUUCUACAGUGCCACCCAAGGCUUUUCACCUUGGGUAAUAUGUAUUCUAAAUUAGUUUUCUUGUCUAUUUUCUGAGAGGAUUCUUACUGCAUUUCCUAUUUAACUGAAAAAAAUAAAGAUUAUGGUUCGUAAUAUUA